AUGCUCUACUACGGCAACUACUAUGGCCCAUACUAUGGGGGAUAUGGGUUUGGUGGACUAGGCUGGGGCUAUGGCUGUGGUUAUCGGGGAUAUGGAGGCUACGGAUAUGGCUGCUGCCGCCCAUCUUGCUAUGGCAGAUAUUGGUCAUCAGGAUUUUACUGA